UCGAGUCAAAGAAGGUUCUAAUUGUUCUUGAUGACGUGGACCACAAAAACCAAUUAGUAUCCCUAACAAGAGAAAGAAGUUGGUUUGGUUCGGGUAGUUUUAUAAUCAUUACCACCCGAGACAAGCGAUUGCUAUGUCGGCUUGGAGAAAAAGAGAGAUAUGAGGCCAAACUAUUAAAUGGCAAUGAAGCUAUGUUACUUUUUUGUUGGCAUGCUUUUGACAGUGAUUUUCCACCACAAGAUUAUGUUAAUUUGGCACACGACAUAAUCGAAUAUUCAGGCAGGCUACCAUUAGCUCUUGUGACAUUGGGGUCACAUUUACAAGGAAGUUCUGUAGAAGAAUGGGGAAAUGAAUUAGAAAAACUAAGAGCAAUUCCUCAUUGUGAUAUCCAAACGAUUCUCAAGAAAAGCUUUGAUGGACUUGAUGAUGAAACACAGGCAGUUUUUCUUGAUAUUGCGUGUGCCUUCCAGGGGUUAUUUGAGUAUGAAAUUACCGAAAUAUUAAAUACAUGUGGCUUUCAUGCUAAAAUUGCAAUUGCAACUUUAGUCCAAAAACACUUGCUCCAAAGAUCUUUGCAUGGUUUGGUGAUGCAUGAUCUAGUGCGAGAUAUGGGAAGAGAAAUUGUUCGCAUGGAAUCAGCUCGAGAUCCUGAAAAAUGGAGUAGAUUGUUCAUCCCGCAAGAAGUCUGUGAUGUUCUACAAGGAAAUAAAGGUUCCAAAAAGGUAGAAGUACUGAAGGUAGAUCGACGAGCAUUUGAGGGACUAAACUUGAGCACCAAAGCAUUUAAGAAAAUGAAAAACCUUAGGGUUCUUAUAAUGAAUGAGUUACAUAUUAGUGGAGAUUUUGGGUUGUUGUCCAAGAAGCUCAGAUGGUUGUCUUGGAAAAAAUGUCCUUUAAAAUGUAUAUCAUCAAAUUUUCCAGCUGAGAAUCUUGUAGUUCUAGAUAUGGAGGAGAGUGAUAUCCAAGAAUUUCGAUUGAAUUUGCAGUGUUGUAGAAGUUUGAAGAAGCUGAAUCUCUCUUAUUGCAAGCAACUCAGAAGCACUCCAAACUUCAAUGGUUCCCUGAGUCUUGAGAUUUUGAGUCUCUAUGGUUGCUCAAGUCUGACAGAGAUCCAUCCAUCAAUAGGAAAUUUGGACAGACUAAUUAAACUAUAUAUGUCUCGUUGCGAAAAACUUAGGGAUCUUCCAAGCAGCAUAUGCCAGCUAAUAUCCCUUGAAGAAUUGUUCAUUCAUCACUGCUCCUCUAUAAAAACACUGCCAGAUAACCUUGGAGAUAUGAAAAGUCUAACAUUUCUUUAUGCAUCUUGUACGGGUAUAAAACAAUUGCCUAGAUCUGUUGAAAUGCUAAGAAAUCUUGUAGCUUUGAGAGUGGGAGGUCAAGUGUUAGAGGCCAAAAUGAGUAUUUCUGGAAGAGGAGUCCAUCGGAUACAAUAUUCCUUGCUAACUUUUGUAACCGAAUUGAGCCUUAGAUACUGGAAUUUGUCCGAUGCUGAUAUUCCUAGGGAUAUUGGGAGCUUAUCCUCCUUAAAGUUUUUAGAUUUGAGUGGCAAUAGUUUCCAUUAUCUACCCUUCGAUUUUUCUAAGUUACGAUUAUUGGAGAAGUUGUGUUUGAAUGACUGUGAGAAUCUUCAAACACUCCCGCCAGUAUCAAAUUUAGAGAAUCUAGCAAUUAUUGAACUUGAGAAUUGCCAAAAAUUGGUCAAGAUUACACAGUUGGACAACCUCCCUUCUAUACGGUUGAUCAACACGAAUAAUUGUAGUUCUCUGCAGAAUCCAUUCAAUGAAGGCUUCUUUAGUGCACCUGCUCUAUCAUUUCUAUCUAGAAGAGAUCCAGAUUUGGAUGUUUUAGAUUUUUAUCUCGAAUGCAAUGAAAUUCCAGAAUGGUGCAGCUAUCAAGUAACAGCUUCAUCUAUGUGUUUGACUAUGCCGACACAUAAUAAUGAGUAUAACUUCUUGGGAAUGGUUCUCUGGUUUGUUUCCGACUAUUUCCAUGCAGCCCCUGUUUUAAAAUUCUGGAUUAGUAUUGCCCAUAAAGAGAAUUUAGUUUUUCCUCCGUGGAGUACACCUGAUGGACAUAGAGAAGUAUCAUGUGUAUAUUACAUAUCUUACUUACAUAGAGCUUUUGAUGGCCAGAUGAUCAAAGGUGGGGAAACGAUAGAAGUGGGGUCAGAAGACAUUACAAUAAAGAAGAUAGGGAUCCAUCUGUUAUAUUUAGGCCAACAUGGUAACGUUAUAUCUUUACCGGGAGACGUGGAUCAUUCUUAUUCUAAGUACCCAAAAAGUUCAACAGGCAUAUCAACUCCUUAUAAAAGAGCAAAGUUCUGAGUCAAGAUAAUUUUCCUUUAGAGCUAAUCAUGUUAUAUUUUAUAUUACAGUAUUAAUAGGUAGUUGGUAAGAUAAUUUUUAAUUGAGAUUGAUAUUUUUCCAAAUAUUUGUUAUAUACUU